GUGCAGAUAAAUGCUCUUGGUGAAGCGAGACUAGCAGAUAUAGAUCCAAGCACGCACAGGUGAACCUGCAGGAAGGGAAUCGGAUCGCUGCUCUUAAAGUCCGUGCGAAAUGCCCACCGAUUUCAAUGGAUAUUGGAAAAUGGUCAGCAAUGACAACUUCGAAGAAUACCUGAAAGCACUGGAUGUGAAUAUUGCAAUAAGGAAAAUCGCCACUUUGCUGAAACCAGAUAAAGACAUAAUUCAGAACGGGGAUCACAUAAUCAUUAAAACAUUGAGCACCUUUAAAAACUACAUAAUGGAUUUUGAAGUAGGGAAACAGUUUGAAGAGGAUUUGAGUGGAGUGGAUGAUCGAAAAUGCAUGACCACCAUCACCUGGGAUGAAGAUAAACUUGUCUGUGUUCAAAAUGGAGAAAAAGAGGGAAGAGGCUGGACCCAUUGGGUAGAAGGAGAUGAACUGCACUUGGAAUUAAGAGUAUGUGGUGUGAAAUGCAAGCAAGUCUUCAAAAAAGUCAAGUAAUAAAUCAGCCUGAGAUUGGAGAAGACAGAAUGAGGCUGGAUGAAGAGAAAUUUAAAGCCCAGUACAUACUGCCAUCCCAGGGAAAUCCAAGCCUUCAAAUCGUGUCUCUCAAAGCAAACAGACAUGGCUUCAGUACUCUUUAAGAGUGUAGUGGGACCCACUGUAAUAGGCUGUGCUUUUUAUUUGUUUCUACUCAUUGGGUUUUACCAGCAAUAUUACUGUGUAAGGACCACUACUCAGUGAUUUUUCCAAAACUAAAUCGUGGUGUGUUAUCUGUCUACAUGGUAUUCUUCAUUUUUCAUGUAGUACCAUUUGAAAAGGUCUAAGGUUAAACCUGACACUCCUAACUUUGAUACACAUUUGUGCCAAAAUGCAAAUAAAAUGGAACAAGCAAGAAUGUUCA